CCGACCUUGCAAUCGUGUGGCUCUCUCUCCGCCCUUAAAACCUCGAUUCCUCUCUUCACCAAGAGAGAGAGAGCCAGCGAGCGGAGCGGCAUUGAUCCCCGCCGCCAUGGCCACGCUUCAAGCUUCACUCCUCUUUCGCCCCUCGCUCUCGCCUUCGCUCCAUCUCCCCGGCCUCCGCCGCCCUGGCGCACCAUCGUCUUGUAUCGCGGCGCCCAACAAUCCUCAUAGACUUCGCUCUCAUCGUCGCCUUGCGAUUGCUCCACGGGCAUUACCUCAAGACGAUCCAAAUCCCGCUCUUGAACCCUCGAGAAGCUCUGAGCUUUCUGGAGAAACCGGUCUUGAUGGCUCGGUUUUGGAUCCCGAGCCUGCGGCAGAAGCAGUGGGCGAUGAUGUCGUUGCCUCUUGGGAAGCGGCUGUGGCGGUCGGGGGUGGUGGUGAGGUUGUGGAGAAGAAGGGAGUGGAUAGUGCGGUCGGGACGCCGGUUCUUGCAUUCUUGAUGGGGAUUUUGGCUUCGGCGAGGAAGGGUUUGGAUAAGGCGGCGAUGUCGGAGUGGCUGAGCUGGUGGCCGUUCUGGAGACAGGAGAGGCGGCUUGAGCGGUUGAUCGCGGAUGCGGAUGCCAGCCCUAAGGAUGCGGCCAAACAGAGCGCUUUGCUUGCCGAGCUCAAUAAGCACAGUCCUGAAUUAGUCAUCAAACGGUUUGAACAAAGAAGUCAUGCUGUUGAUAGCAAAGGAGUAGCUGAAUAUCUCCGUGCGCUUGUUGUCACCAAUUCACUUGCAGAGUAUCUUCCAGAUGAGGCAUCAGGGAAGCCUUCUGGUCUCCCGGCACUGUUGCAAGAGUUAAAGCAACGCGUGUCAGGGAACGAGGACGAAUCAUUUUUGAAUCCUGGCGUGUCAGAAAAGUUGCCCUUACAUGUGGUUAUGGUUGACCCUAAGGCUUCUAGUAGAUCCACACGAUUUGCUCAGGAGCUCCUCUCAACCAUCUUGUUUACCAUUGUCGUGGGUCUGAUGUGGGUGAUGGGUGCAGCUGCCCUUCAGAAGUAUGUGGGCAGCUUAGGUGGUAUAGGUGCAUCAGGCGUUGGUUCAAGUGCUACAUAUACUCCAAAAGAAUUAAGUAAGGAAAUCAUGCCGGAGAAGAAUGUGAAAACCUUCAAGGAUGUCAAAGGGUGUGAUGAUGCGAAACAAGAGCUUGAGGAAGUGGUUGAAUACCUGAAAAACCCAGGAAAAUUUACACGGCUUGGUGGAAAACUACCAAAGGGUAUUCUUUUGACUGGUGCUCCUGGGACUGGGAAGACUUUGCUUGCAAAGGCAAUUGCUGGAGAAGCUGGGGUGCCUUUUUUCUACCGAGCAGGUUCUGAAUUUGAGGAAAUGUUUGUUGGUGUCGGUGCUCGGCGUGUGAGGUCCUUAUUUCAAGCUGCUAAGAAAAAGGCACCUUGCAUCAUUUUCAUUGAUGAAAUAGAUGCUGUAGGGUCCACUAGAAAGCAAUGGGAAGGGCAUACUAAGAAAACAUUGCAUCAACUUCUUGUUGAAAUGGACGGCUUUGAGCAGAAUGAGGGGAUAAUAUUGAUGGCUGCAACAAAUUUGCCGGAUAUCCUCGAUCCAGCAUUGACGAGACCUGGAAGAUUCGACAGACACAUUGUUGUUCCAAACCCUGAUGUGAAAGGUCGACAAGAGAUUCUGGAGCUCUAUUUGCAAGACAAACCAUUGGCUGAUGAUGUGGAUGUAAAAGCGAUUGCCCGUGGUACUCCUGGCUUCAAUGGUGCAGAUCUAGCAAAUCUUGUAAAUAUUGCUGCCAUUAAGGCUGCAGUAGACGGUGCUGAGAAAUUAACUGCUGCACAGUUGGAAUUCGCAAAGGACAGAAUAAUUAUGGGAACAGAGAGAAAAACUCUGUUUUUAUCUGAAGAAUCAAAAAAGCUCACUGCCUACCAUGAGAGUGGUCAUGCUAUUGUGGCACUAAAUACUGAUGGUGCACAUCCUAUUCAUAAGGCGACAAUAAUGCCACGAGGCUCCGCUUUGGGGAUGGUUACUCAGCUGCCAACUCAAGAUGAAACAUCUAUCAGCAAGAAGCAGUUGCUAGCACGUCUUGAUGUCUGUAUGGGAGGCAGAGUUGCAGAGGAGAUUAUUUUUGGGGAAGAACAUGUUACAACUGGUGCCAGUAAUGAUCUCCAUACCGCUACAGAGCUUGCACAGUACAUGGUGUCAACUUGUGGAAUGAGCGACACAAUUGGCCCUGUGUACGUCAAAGAGCGACCGGGUGCAGAGAUGCAGUCACGAAUUGAUGCAGAAGUGGUGAAGCUCUUGAGAGAAGCUUAUGAUCGAGUAAAAGGCUUACUAAAAAAGCAUGAAAAUGCAUUACAUGCAUUAGCAAAUGCAUUGCUCGAGUAUGAAACCCUCAGUGCAGAUGAGAUAAAGAAAAUCCUCAAUCCUUACCAGGAAGCCGAACUAUCUGAACAAGAAGAGGCACUCGCUUUGACAUAAAAGAUGCAUUCGUUGAUACCAGUUCUUCCAAACUGCAGAGCAUGUACAGUGUUGCAAGCACAGGUAUUCUAAGGAGCCCAGCGAUCUUCUUUUUUAUUUGAGACUUCAGCUGCAUAUUUGACUUAUCAUAUUCUUUAACCGACAUUCAUAUUUAGGAGGUGAGGUAGGGGUGGUAGGGUUUUUUUUUUUUCGAUGUGUUAUUUGUAGCAUUACAGCCAAGGAAACUAGUAAAUUACAUAGAAAUUUAGGAGGUGCUUGUAUUCUAAAAACCAGAAGUUAUGUGUUAGAAAUUGUACAAACUGAAUGCUUUCUGUUAUUUACCAAUGGCAAAGUAAUUCUGGUUUUUAUUUAAA